AUGCGCGGGAGGAACAAAUAUCGAGAUCCUGCCGGCGUCCAGACACUGAAUGAAAUCCACAACAGAGAUGGUCGGAACAGCCUCACACCUACCACUGCCACUACUACUCCUCCUACCACUACUGCUACCACUGCCACCACUACUUCUCAUACCACUACAGCUACCACUGCCACCACUACUUCUCAUACCACUACAGCUACCACUGCCACUACUACUCCUCCUACCACUACUGCUACCACUGCCACCACUACUUCUCAUACCACUACAGCUACCACUGCCACCACUACUACUCAUACCACUACUGCUACCACUGCCACUACUACAUCUCAUACCACUACAGCUACCACUGCCACCACUACUACUACUCAUAACACUACUGCUACCACUGCCACCACCACUACUUCUCAUACCACUACAGCUACCACUGCCACUACUACUACUACUCAUACCACUACAGCUACCACUGCCACCACUACUACUACUACUCAUAACACUACUGCUGCCACUACUACUACUCAUACCACUACAGCUACCACUGCCACCACUACUACUUCUCAUACCACUACAGCUACCACUGCCACUACUACUACUCAUACCACUACUGCUACCACUGCCACCACUACUACUUCUCAUACCACUACAGCUACCACUGCCACUACUACUACUCAUACUACUACAGCUACCACUGCCACCACUACUACUACUCAUAACACUACUGCUACCACUGCCACUACUACUUCUCAUACCACUACAGCUACCACUGCCACUACUACUACUCAUACCACUACAGCUACCACUGCCCCUACUACUACUCAUACCACUACAGCUACCACUGCCACCACUACUACUCAUACCACUACUGCUACCACUGCCACCACUACUACUCAUACCACUACUGCUGCCACUACUACUACUCAUAACACUACUGCUACCACUGCCACUAUUACUUCUCAUACCACUACAGCUACCACUGCCACUACUACUACUCAUACCACUACAGCUACCACUGCCACUACUACUACUCAUACCACUACAGCUACCACUGCCACUACUACUACUCAUACCACUACUGCUACCACUGCCACCACUACUACUCAUACCACUACUGCUACCACUGCCACCACUACUACUACUACUACUCAUACCACUACAGCUACCACUCUGCAGAUUUAA